GACGGUGAAGAAAGUAGUAAUCGAAAUAAUGAUUAUCAUCGACCACUGUGUGGCUGCACCACAGUUACGACGGGAGAAGCCUUGAUGAUGACACUGUUGUUAGGAGCAGAAGAUUCCCUCACGUGGAAGACUAUUACUGCGAUUUUAUCACUGAUAAAUAGUUUAUUUGAAAAUGAUGUUCUUCCUACUUCAAAACAUAAGCUAUUUAAAUUAUUACAACUAAAUGAAGAUAUUCUGUCGUAUCAUUUAUUUUGUGAAGAAUGUUUUCAUUAUUUUGGCGCCCAAAAAAGAUUCGAUAAAAAAGAAUUAGCCUGUGAAAAUUGUAAAAACAAUAAGAAGACGCCAGACAUUUCAUAUUUCUUAACCUUUGAUGUCUCCUCACAACUAAAGACAGUAUUAGAAGAACCAGAAGUGCAGCAUAUCUUAUUGGAACGUUUCCAAAAAGUGGAAGAAAAUGUGGAAAAGAAUAAGCUACGGAGUAUGAGUGAUGGGCAAGUGUAUAAAAAAUUAUCAACAAUAAAUAACCCUUUAUCGAAUAAAUAUAAUUUUUCAUACACAUUCAACACUGACGGUUGUCAACCUUCAAAGUCAAGUAAAAUUUCUAUUUGGCCAAUAUAUGCUAUUAUAAAUGAGUUACCUCCAAAGCUACAAUCGAAGCAUAUGAUCAUGGCUGGUUUAUGGGUUAAUCAAAAAGAACCAGAUAUGCAUCUAUUUCUGAAACCAUUCAUUCAACAAGCUAAUGAAUUAACUGAUAAAGGUGUACAGUGGAAGCUCGAAAAUGAAAUAAUAACAAGUAAGUUCAUUCCAUUAUGCUCCGUAGUUGAUUCAGUUGCGCGGUGUAAAAUUUUGAAUAUGAAGCAGUAUAACGGAACUUAUGGGUGUACAUUUUGCGAACAUCCUACGGAGCGAGUUGAUAAUUGUGCAAAAUAUCCUAUAUCUGCAGUCGUUCCACCAAGUCGGACAGACGAAUCAAUAAAAAAAAACAUGGUACUUGCUGUGGAAGUUCAAUACGGCAAAGACGUUAGAGGAGUCUGGGGACCAUCACCAUUGAUGAUUUUAAAAUAUUUUAAUAUUGUUGAUGGAAUUUCGCCAGAUUACAUGCAUUGCAUUUUAUUAGGUGUAACACAGCAACAUACCGAAAUACUAUUAUCGUCAUUCGGCGAAGAAUAUUAUGUUGGUAACCCUAAUCAGGUUGAAGCAAUAAAUACAAAACUUAUGAGUUUUAAACAUCCAACAUGCAUAACGCGCUCACCAAGAAAUAUUACCGAGAGAAAAAUGUGGAAGGCAACGGAAUGGCGAUCAUGGCUACUGUUUUAUUCAUUAAUAAGUUUGAAAGGAGUAUUACCUCAGAAAUAUUUAGAACAUCUAGCUUUACUUGCGGAAGCAGUUAGUACUUUGCUAUCUGAAGAAAUAGAAUACGAUGACCUUCGACGUACUGGUUCUCUAAUCGUAAGAUAUGUAGCACUGUAUCAAGAAUACUUCGGGAAAAAAGCUAUGACAUAUAAUGUUCAUUUAUUAACACAUAUGGAACAAAGUGUAUUAAAUUUAGGACCUUUGAAAUGUCACAAUACUUUUAUUUUUGAAAAUCAGAACCACUUUGUUUUAAAAAUGCAAAAAAGUCCAAAUCGCAUCGAUGUUCAGAUUGCAAGACGAUUCUUAUUUCAAAAAGCAUUACCAUCAUUGAAAAAUAAAAUUGAAGCAAGUGACACGUUUCUCAAAUUUUGUGAGAGAAAUUUGACAGGACGUUUAAAAAAUACUUAUAAAGUGGAUGGCUGUAUACUAAUAGGAAAAGGCAAAGACUAUGAAUUAAAUACUGAAGAGCGAAAACUUUUAAAUAGAUCACAGAAAUGUAAGUCGUUUAAUAGAUUUAUUUUAAAUGGCAAACGAUGUACAUCUGAUAGUUAUCGUUUAUGUCAAAAAAUAAAUGAUUCAUCAGUAGUAUUAAAAAAUGGCAAGAUAGCAGUAAUAAAAAAUAUUUGUUACUUCGAUUGUAAUGAGAUUAGAGAUAAAAUUUAUAUUUUUUAUGAAGAAGUCAUAAAACAGAACAAAUAUUUUUAUUCAUCAAGGAAUGUUACUGUUCACAGUAUUGAAGAAUGUAUGAUUACUAAUAAAUUGAAUUUCUGCGAAGUAAACUUGGUAUCACAACCAUGUAUGUUGACUUUGGCAGAAAAUAAAAAUUAUGUUAUUUUCAUACCACCAGGAUGUUAUGGCGAUUGAAAAUUUGCUAUUGACUUAGUAUCGUAAAAUUGUUAAAUUUGAUGUGAUUAUAACUUCAAAUAAUAAAAUUAUAAAUUUUACUUACCAUUAUGUUAAUACUCAAUGUUACUUGAUUUAUAAAAUUAAAUUAAUUAUUCACUUUUACAAUAAAAUAAAGAUAAAAUUAUUCAAAUAAU